AUGGAGAUUGGAUCUGGUUCUGGCCAAGGAGAAGAAAUGGAGAUUGGAUCAGGUUCUGGUGGUUCUGGCCGAGGAGAAGGAAUGAAGAGACAGAGAGAAGAAAGAGAUGUCAAGGGGGAGCGGGUGAAGAAAGAAGCGAUUAAGAAUUCGGUGAGGGUUUCUGAUCUACUAGUCGAUGCCGUCAAUGGAAGCGUCCAAGAAGCAUUCAUUUAUGAGAAGCGUAUCGAGCUCGAGACAAGGGAUUUAGACACAUCAGUUGCGCGGUUUGGGAAGCAGACCGAUCAGUGGCUUGCUGCUUCUCAUGGAAUCAACACGGCCUUGAAGGAAAUUGGAGACUUUGAGAACUGGAUGAAGACGAUGGAAUAUGAUUGUAAGAGGAUCAGUGCUGCAAUAUGCAACAUCUACAAGGAGUAAUCUCUUCUAGGCAAGAUGCAAAAACCUAGAGCCUAUUGUUGUUUUUAUUAUUAUUAUUGUUGGAGCUUUAUCUGUUAAUGAUGAUGAUUUAGUUCUUGAUUUUUUUAGGUUCGCUCAUUAACAAUGGUAAAUAACAGUGUACCAGAAUUGCUUGUUUCUUCUCUUUAUUGUUUGUCACUAUUACUA